GUCUCUGUCAUCCACAGCAGGAGGUUUUCAUUGGCCACAUCGUUGACGUUGCUGAACUUUUUUAAAACAUUACAAAACAACAACAGUAGAGACAGAAGUUAAACUUUCCUGCUGAGUCGUAACAUUCCUCAAGUAACACAGACGGAAGUGCUAUGGAUCCACAUGAUGAUGACGAACAAAUGGCAAAAAUUAAAAAAGAACUGGAAACCAACGGACCCGCUUCAGCCACUGCAGAGAUCCAGAAUUAUUUGGACAAACUGAAUAAUGUUCAGCUAAAUAUUGCGAUCACAGGAGAGUCUGGUUCUGGUAAAUCCACCUUUGUUAAUGCCUUUAGAGGCAUACCCAACAGUGAUAAGGAAAGAGCUGCCCCUACUGGUGUUACACAAACCACCAAAGAUGUUACACCAUAUCACCAUCCUAAGUAUCCCAAUGUUACACUUUGGGAUCUUCCUGGUAUUGGCACCACCAAGUUUCCAGCUGAGGAGUACCUGAAGAAGGUUGAAUUCAAAAGGUUUGACUUCUUCAUCAUCAUCUCAGCUGAUCGCUUCACACAAAAUGAUGUGAAGCUCGCUAAGGAGAUUCAGAAGAUGGGGAAGAAGUUCUACUUUGUUCGCUCAAAGAUUGACAACAACAUUCGUGAUGAGAAAACAGAUCAGGGGUCAGAGUUCAACGAAGAAAAGACCCUUAAAGACAUCAGGGAUGAAUGCAUUAAAGGUCUUAAAGGACGUGUUGAGUCUCCACAAGUCUUCCUGGUGUCCAGCCGUGAUCUCCACCUGUAUGAUUUCCAUCUGUUAGAGAAAACCUUAGAGGAAGAACUUCCUGCACACAAGAAGAAUGCUCUGCUGUUGGCCUUGCCCCCUGUCAGUCUUGAAGUCAUCAUAAAAAAGAAAGAAGCUUUACAGGCUAGAAUAAAGUACCUUGCCAGUGGAUCUGCAUUGGGAGCAGCUUUACCAGUUCCUGGGUUAUCUGAUGCCAUUGAUAUGUUCAUGAUAUUUACCACCAUUAGACAAUACGAAGCCACCUUUGGUCUUGAUAGCGAGUCACUGCAGCGUCUUGCUCAGACUGCAGGUGUGCCUUUGGAGGAGCUUAGAGCAGUGAUGACAUCACCACUGGCUGGAAAAGAAAUAAACAAAGAUCUUAUUGAGAUGAUAAUACGCUCUUCUGUGGAUUUACUUUCAUUAGAAGCAGCAGAGGAAGGGUCUAGAUUUCUUCCAUUAUUAGGAAUCCCAGUAGCAAUGGCCACAUCUUUUCUCUCCAAAUACAAAUCUCUCAACAUGUUCCUUGACAUGUUUGCUGAGGAUGCACAGAAAGUAUCUGAAAAGGCCUUGCGUUUAUGUUUACCAGCUCUUCAGUAGAUUUAGUAAUAGUGACAAGGUUUUUGGUGGUGAUGUAGCAGCAUAAGGGCUUGUUAGUGCAACAAAGUUGUGUUUCGUUUUUUUGGCAUUAUUGAUUUUGAUGUUAUGGAAAGGGACGAUGGUUCCUACGUACAGGAUGUGGCUCCAAGACCUGACCAGUAUAUUACAUCUGGAAAGGAUAAGAUAUGUAAUGAAAGACAACUCACCACAUUACAUUAAAACUUGGCAGCCCUUGGUUUCUUACCUGUCACAAUGAAAGUUAUAAAAUACAUAUAUGCAGUGUAUUACUAUAUCUCUUGAGCGAGUUAGAUGAGUAGAAGGAGGAUUGGGUAGGGUAUGGGGGAACAAGACUCUCUUGGAUGCUCUCUUAUUUUUAUUUUUUAUCCUCAUUUCUUUAUUAUUUAAUCUUACAAAUCAUUAGCACUAACUGUAUAUUGACUCUCCCCUAUAUUUCAGCACUUACAUUGACUGCCUAUUCAUAUAUAUAUUGUGUUAUAACUGAUUCAACACCACUAUCUAGACCACAAUUUGCACUGACUGUAUAUUGAGUCUUUACUACAUUUCAGCAUUUAUAUAGACUGUCUAUUCAUGUAUAUUGUGUUAUUACCACAUCACUUUCACAUAUCCAUCGACUUACUUACACCUCACUUUGCGCCGGCUUUGUAAUUCCUACCUAAUCUGUAUUUUAAUCUGUAUUUUAUGUAGCCUAUUAUAUUCUGCAUUCUUAGACUGUAUUGAAUGUGAAACUGUAUGAUGUCUUGCACACUUAUGCUUUUCUUGGCCAGGUCGCCAUCUGUCCUCAACGGCCUACCUGGUUAAAUAAAAGUUAAUUAAAAAAAUAAAUAAUUGUAACUUUACUUUUACCGUUCUAAAAACUGUAUGUUAAUGAAUGAAAUGAAGGGUUUUGAAAAAUCUAAUAAAAUCUUCAUGACAUUAUCUACAAAUUGUGAUUUUGUCAUAACAUGAAAUGAUUUUAAACUAAUGUUCUUGCACUUGAUUCUUGCUGUCAGGAGUUUGUAACUUCAUGGUUGAAUGAACUUAAUGGAUAAAAGCAUCAGCUAAAUGUCAUGUGAUGAAUGUAUUGGAGGCUUUUGAAUAAUCAAAUAAAAUGUUCAUUGAAAUGA